AUGACAAUGGCAUCAGGAACGGAUCGUCAGUCCCCACUGCAAGGUUUAAUCCCACCCCCUGCUGCAGCACCUCGCCGCCGGAGUCCGGUUCAAGUAUCACCUGAUGCUAAUUCUGAUGAGUAUAGACCUCCACCAGUUCCCUCUCGUCCAGCUGCAGCAGCGUGGCCAGGUGUUGAACGCCGAGGCACUGAUGACAUGGAUAUAAAUUUUCGGCAGUACAUGGAUAAUGGAUACGGUCGAAAGACUGCAGGAAAAUCACAGUCGAUGUUUGCCCAUGAAAGUUCUUCAUUGAAUCCUUUCUCCGAACAUUUCCAGCAGAUUUCUACAACUCAUCACCCAGAUUUGGUUGGCUUGGACUUCAGUGCAGCCUCCACAGAGCAAGCUGAAGAUUCACGACCACGCAGUCUCUCGCUGGAAGAUCUUAAGGAUAACCAUCGAUCAAUUUAUCCCGAUAUUAGACAUGCUUUUAGAGAUGUGGCAAGUAGUCAGUCUCCCUCACCGACCCAUUAUGUUGGAAAUCAGCCAGUGGGGCAGAAGCAUUUGCUCCCUACUCAUUUAGGUGUACGGUCAUGUUCAACACCUCCGCCAGUACCUACACAUCAAACCGGUGGUUAUGGUGGUAGUCAGUCUCCAUCGCCGACCCAUCUUAUUCAACCAGUGGGGCAGAAACAUUUGCUGCCCACACAAAUAGCUGUACAGGCCUGCUUAUCCCCUCCUCCACUACCUACACAGCCACCUGGUGGCUACGGUUGGAACCCUUUUCUCUUGAGUCAUUCAGCAAUGCCCCCGCAGCCAGGUAGACAAACCUCUGGAUUUCUAAAUGUUCCAUAUCCUUCUAGUGAGCUGCUAACUGCCGCCAGGAUGGAAUAUCCCAGCUCAUAUGCCACAAGGCCAGAUUCUAUCGGAUUCCACAAUGACAGAUUUGCAGCUUUUGGCAACAGGCCAAAUCUCUCCUGGGAGCCUCAGCAUGCGUCUGCUGCUUAUGAUGUCAACCCACUUAACAGUGGAGCAUCUAGCAGCAUCACUUAUGUGCCCAAUAUAACAUUCCUACCAGCAGCAAGCUCCGGUAGUGUCCCAGCUAGAGAGUCCUCCCAGUCCCCCAUAGAUAACCAGAUGCAUCCCAUAAUAAUAGCAGGUUUUGACGAGAACCUCUCGCCCUCGAGCAGCACCCCAGACCAGGUGCCUGCUGGUGACCUCAUCAAACUAGGCCACACCUUGCCGGAGCACGAGUACCUGUCUCUGGAUUAUUUUGACCCCCUGUACAGCCGGGCUCGCAGAGAGUCUGUGUGUCUGGGAAAGAGCUCUACUGCCGACCUGAAUUUUUCUUUUGGGGAAGCUUUUCCCAACAUCUAUGAUGAUCACUCAGAUUUGCCUUCUCCUGCUGUGGACCAGAAUGAUGAUGAUGUCUGGUCACCUAGAAGCAGCAUGGAGCCAUCUCAGCAGGACAGAACCAGAGCUAUAGGAUUUGAGGCAUUUGAUUUUGAUUCAUUUGGAGAUGUCAGGUUUGGAAAGAGCGAGGAGGAGUUUAUGAAAGAGGCCACAUUGCCACAGACCUUUGCCACAGCUGCCUAUGAUGCUCCUGCAGCCAAACAAAAGCCGGAUGAUACUUCACGGAAAGCCCUGUCUUGGGCAGUGCCACAGGGAAAGAAGUAUGAACGGCUGAGGAAGCGAACUUUCAUCGAUGCUGAGUCAGAGUCAUUUUGUCAGAUGGUGGCUGACUUAAAGAAGAGGUAUCUAUCGACAGACGAGAGAACCAACUUGGGAUAUCUUAUCAACCAGAUACGGGAAUGUCACAUAGCCUCAAUACAGGUCAAGGUCGUAGUUCACACCAAGUUUUUUACAGACCCUAUCUGUUUUACUUGUGACACGAGUGCCCUGGUGGAGCAUGUCAUCAGUCAUGUCCUGUGUAUGCUGUCUCCAACAGACGGUGAGAUCAACACCGACAAGUUCAUCCUCAAAGUUUACGAUCGCUCUGAGUAUCUGUGCAAUGACCUGCCACUGGCGAAGUUUGAGUACACCCACAGCUGUUUAAAGGUGGACCGCGACAUUUGUCUGGAGUUGGUCAGCAUCGAGGAGGUGUCCAGGCCUUUCAUAAGAACU